CCACCAUCAUCCUCGUUCUAGAUACGAACUGGUAAACAACCGAACGAUUCCCGCGCGAGAACCAGAACACCCCGUUCCAGUUCCGUUGUAACGUUACUCGGGAGAUCACGGGAAUUUAGAGCCGUAACGGGAUAGCUUGGAAAUUGAUUGAAUAGCAGCAACGCUAGAGGAAUCCGAACUCUUCUGGAUUAUAAAAAAAGCAGCAAGGAUGAGCAAAUCACCUGGCAGUGUCGUAUCGUCGGAUGAAACGCAAAGUGUUAGCGAUGAAUCGUUGGUAGUGUCGGCAGCAAACUCCCACACCUCGCUCAGAUCGAUUGGGAUCGUGAAGGGACCUAGAAAAUCUUCCAAGGACGUGGAACAAAUCACAACCUCCGCUACACAGAAAGAGCGGCCACCAUGGCGUCCGGCCAGUUUGACCGCGGUUCCGGUACCGCCUCCUCCCAAACCCGACAUCAAGGCACGGUUUCUUGAGGCUUCCAAGCGUAUGCGACGAGUGAAUGCAACGGUGCAAACAGAUCCAGUUCAUACGAAGCUAAUGAAAGAGGCAUCGACCGACGAGCAAACAGAUCUGGUUCCGAUGGUGGACGAGGAAAUACUUACCGAUGGCAAUCUGGUGAUGCGUGAGAUUGGAAAUUUAAUCCUCACCCACUCGGUAGCACAAAUGACGGAAGGUGUGGAAACCUGUGACAGUGGCACUCAGACCGCGAUCCCGCGCAGUGGCAUCUCGUUUCGCAAAUUCCUUGAUCCGCUGACCGGCAAUGAACAGCAGCAAGGUUCAGUGGCAUCACAGGGAACAGCAACAGCUGGCCCAUCGUCGCUUCUAUCGAAGAUCCUACCGAAACCGCUUGAUGCAGAUGUGUUGGAGGAAUCCGAAGCAGCCGGAGAGGAGGAACCGCUCAUUAAAAGUUUUUUCAUGGCAUCACCGGUGGCCGGCGGUUCAAGGCCACUUGCAGGAGAUACGGCACAGGAAGAGCUCGUGUGCUCGUCGCAUGGCAGUAGCGACAGUGUUAAGGAAGCCAACACACCGGAUUUGAUCAGUGCGACGGUCGAAGGAGAUCCAUCGCCUCACCGUGGUCAACUGCUGGAGACGCCCACGUUUGCCGCGUGGCAUGAUUUGGAUUUUUCCGAUGAGGACUCGGAACAGUACGUGGGGCGCGAGCUACCGCGUCGCUCGAUCGGUGAAGGCGAACGGCCGUGGGCUGAAUUUAAGGAUCUCGUCAUCGGUUCACGCGUUGCCAAUAUGCGACUCUCACCGAUCCCACCGAGGCGACCACGUGCACCCAACCAGAAAACCGUAACCUGGAGCGAUCGGCAACAUCGGGCUGUCUCACGAUUGCUAGAUGAAGCAUCCGCCCUGGUGGACAUGUUCGAUCACGUGUCGCUUCUACUCGGACCUGAUAUUGAGCUGCACAAGCUACCUCCGCAGCAGGAGUUUAGCUUACCACCACCCAAGUGGGAACCGCUGUUAGUGAAAUCCUGCGAUCUGCUCGAGGAGAAAUUGGCCCAGGUACGCCACCUAUCGUUGAGCGAUUUGGGUACAAGUAAGGCUGGCUCCACCAUGGCAUCGUCAUGCCCUUCACCAAUGCUUUGUGACGUCGGACCAGAAAAGAUCUAAACAGGGGGGUUUUCGGAGAGAAGCUACGUUUUAUUGUAUUUGAAGAUGCAGAUCUACCAAAGAUCUAGCAUUAUUACCGCAGCAACGAAGGACGUAAACCACACAGCUCUCUUCAACCCAGGCAGAGAGGCUG